ACACCCCUUUCUAGUUGUCUUCUUAUCGGAGUACUUAGCAGGGAGCAUGGAUAGUUGGUCAAUGUCUGAUAUGCCUUCUGAGAAGAUAUCCGACAUAGAAGCUGAUUGCUACUGUUGCUUAUCAAAGUUGCUCGAUGGCAUGCAAGACCAUUACACAUUUGAUCAACCGGGAAUCCAGAGGCUUGUAUUUAAGCUGAAGGAAUUGGUUAGGCGCAUUGAUGAACCUGUUUAUAGACAUAUGGAGGACCAAGGACUUGAAUAUCUUCAAUUUGCUUUUCGAUGGUUCAACUGUUUGCUUAUACGCGAGAUCCCUUUUCAUCUAGUAACCCGUCUAAGGGACACGUAUCUUGCUGAAGGAGAUGCACUGCCGGAUUUCCUUGUUUACAUAUUUGCCAGUUUUCUUUUAACGUGGUCAGAUGAACUUCAAAAGCUUGACUUCCAAGAGAUGGUGUUGUUCCUUCAAUGCCUUCCAACUCAAAACUGGACAUUUCAGGAGCUUGAAACGGUACUUUCUCGGGCUUAUGUAUGGCACAUUAUGUUUAACAAGUCUCCCAGCCACUUAGCUAGUUGAGCUUAAAUUUUAUGUUAUGUUAUUUAUUCAAUUUUCGUCUCUUUUAAAUUCUCUUUGUUUGUUGAUAAAAGUGAAUAAGAGAGUUAUGAGCAUGUUUUUAUGUGUUCGAGUAGAGGCCAAGAACUCCUCUUAUUGUGGCAUG